GGGGGAAAUGCUACGUGUCUAGGCUCCUUUUAAACCCCCUCUCCUAAGCAUCUGAUCAAACUUUAAUCAUUGUAGACAUUCUGAUCAGCCAUCAGGAGGCGAGGAAUCCACACAGCUCAAGGAACGCUGCAAAAAUACAACAUGUCAGGAAACAAGAAGCAGACGGAUCUGCAGAGGUCUACCAAUGUUGUGUACCAGGCCCACCAUGUGAGCAGGAGUAAGAGAGGGCAGGUGGUUGGCACCAGGGCAGGCUUCCGUGGCUGCGUUGUCUGGCUGACUGGUCUUUCGGGUGCUGGUAAGACGACCAUUGGUUUUGCCCUUGAGGAAUACCUGGUGUCCCACGCCAUUCCCUCCUACUCUCUGGACGGGGACAACAUUCGCCACGGGCUCAACAAGAACCUGGGCUUCUCCACCACGGACCGCGAGGAAAACAUUCGUCGAAUCGCUGAGGUGGCAAAGCUGUUUGCGGACGCUGGUCUCGUUUGCAUCACCAGCUUCAUCUCGCCAUACACCAAGGAUCGAGACGAAGCACGCAAGAUUCUCAAGGCUGCGGGGCUGCCCUUCUUCGAGGUGUACGUGGACGCACCGCUGGAUGUCUGUGAGAGUCGAGACGUCAAGGGUCUCUAUAAGAAGGCACGCGCUGGAGAGAUUAAAGGUUUCACAGGCAUUGACUCAGAGUAUGAGAAGCCAGAGGCUCCAGAGCUGGUGUUGAAAACCGGGCAGGUGACGGUGAAUGAGUGCAUACAGCAGCUGGUGGGGCUGCUGCAGGAGCAGUGUAUUGUUCCUACUUCAGUGAUGGAGGAGGUGAAGGAGCUCUUUGUGCCCGAAAACAAGCUGGACUUGGCACAGGCUGACGCCAAGAAACUGCCCACACUCCAGAUCACCCAGCUCGACAUGCAGUGGAUGCAGGUGCUGGCUGAAGGAUGGGCGACACCACUAAAAGGCUUCAUGAAGGAGAGAGAAUUCCUGCAGGUCUUACACUUUGGCACUUUAUUAGAUGGAGAAACGAUCAACAUGUCUGUGCCCAUCGUUCUGCCUGUGUCCUCGGAAAACAAGGAGAGCCUGGACGGCUGUGCUGCGAUAGCUCUGGAGUAUGAAGGCCGCAAGGUGGCCAUUCUCCGCAACCCUGAGUUUUAUGAGCACAGGAAGGAGGAGCGAUGUGCCCGGCAGUGGGGGACCACCUGUGCCAAACACCCUCAUAUAAAGAUGGUGAUGGAGAGUGGUGAUUGGCUAGUCGGUGGUGACCUGGAGGUGAUGGAGCGAAUCAAAUGGAACGAUGGACUGGACCAGUAUCGCCUGACUCCUACAGAACUCAAGCAGAAAUUCAAGGAAAUGAAAGCUGAUGCCAUUUUUGCUUUCCAGCUGCGUAACCCUGUCCAUAACGGGCAUGCCUUGCUGAUGCAGGACACUAAGCGCCGGCUGCUGGAAAGGGGGUACAAGCGCCCGGUGCUGCUCCUCCACCCCCUGGGUGGCUGGACCAAGGAUGAUGACGUGCCCCUGGCCUGGCGCAUGAAGCAGCACGCUGCAGUGCUGGAGGAGGGGGUUCUGGACCCCAGCUCCACCAUAGUGGCCAUCUUCCCUUCGCCCAUGAUGUAUGCUGGACCUACAGAAGUUCAGUGGCACUGCAGGGCACGGAUGAUUGCUGGAGCCAACUUCUACAUCGUGGGUCGGGACCCGGCUGGAAUGCCCCAUCCCGAGACCAAGAAGGAUAUCUAUGAGCCUACUCACGGAGCAAAGGUGCUGACCAUGGCCCCCGGUCUGUCCUCCGUGGAGAUCAUUCCCUUCAGAGUGGCCGCCUAUAACAAAGCAAAGAAAGCAAUGGACUUCUAUGAUCAGGAACGCCACAGUGAGUUUGACUUCAUCUCAGGAACUCGCAUGAGGAAGCUUGCUCGCGACGGUGACUACCCCCCUGAUGGCUUCAUGGCUCCCAAGGCGUGGAAAGUCCUGACCGAAUACUAUGUCUCUCUGGGAAAAGAGAACUAACUUUUAAUUGUAAAUCUAGGAAACACUGGUUGAAUAGCUGAUUUUAUCCAACUGUAAAUUAUUUUGUUAUUAAAAAAAAAAAAAGCAAAUUAUUUUUAAUGUAAAAAAGAAGCUAAAUAUUUGAAUAGAUGAUCUGUAUAGCUUUCCAAUUAUAUAGCUUUAAUAUAUAUAUUUUUUCUUUUAUAUUGUUUACCUGAUUGUUGCUUUCUCCAGCCUGUCAGAGAAAUGUGUAUUUUGCACCCCCAGUGGUAGAGGCAAGUAGUACAAGCUUCAGAAGCCAGCUACUGCCUGCAAAGGAUCCCAGUUUUAGAGACCAAAUCAAAUAUUUUUACAAUGCAAAAUCAUGAAGGCAAUCUGAUAGAAUGCAUGUUUUUAUCAGUUUGCCAUGUUUUAUUAGUUUUCCUUGUGACCUUAAUUAAAUCGAGUAACAUAGGAUAUUUUAACUAAUUGGUUUUAGUCUGUCCAAAAGCAUGUGGUUUCAAUCAGUUUAUCAUUAAAGGAGCAACCUACAUUUUAUAUUUAUUGAAUAUUUCAGGAAAAAAAUAACUUCAUCAUUUAAUCAUUUUGGUAACAAAUAUCAACAGCUGCCUGAAGGAAAUGCCUUUCACUUAUUGUAUUGCAGCUAAAAAUCUCAGCAUAAGAGCCCACACUCUUCACCAAGUGCCUAUUUUUUUUAAUCCUGCAUGGUUUUAAGUGUUAAAAGCCUAGUUUAGGGACUAAAAUAAAUGUCAGUACCUCAAAUGUGCUGAACAUUGCUGUGAAAGUUACCUAGUGUGCCGUUUCCUUGCCGUACAGCAUCUAGAAAAAGAUUUUAUCUUCAUAUUAGUUGGGUGCUAUAGAUAGGAAGAAGCCUGUGCAAAUGUUAUUAAAGAUUGGCUUUAUAUUGUAUGUUAGUCCAAGUGGCUAUCAAGCCUUUUAAUUAUUAAAACAGAACAGUACCAAACAUUAUUCGUGUAACAUUUAUUAAAUUAUUGAAUUCCAAACUUGUGCCUUAAAUUUUAAGUCUUUCAACGUGUUUUAAAAUGUGCAUCAUAUUAGCCAGUGUUGUAUAUCCUAUACAAUAUGAUUUAGGUUUUAAAAUAAAAGUUUAUACUAAUCGA